AGAUUGAGUGCUUUCAGGAAGUGAUUUCUCGCGGUUUUCAGAGCUCAGCCUCAACUACCAAUCAUUUCAUGCAGAAAACCACAUUUUAAAAGAGCAUUUCUCUCCGGGCACCCUGAAACAUUCACCAGGUUUGUAGUCUUUUAUGGCCAAAUGCUGCUUAUGAUGUGUUUAUUUAUUAGACAUACAGGUACAGUCUAGUUGUGAUGGUCAAAGUACUGUGAGCUCAGUGUAAUUAUAUAUAUAUUUUAUAUUGCAGUGAUUGAUGAUGCUUGAGAUUUUGAAUAUGCAUUUCAUGGUGCGGUGACCGUUUAUCAAAAGGCUGGUUGUAAAACCUCAACACUGCAAGAGAACAACUUCAGUUCAACUCAUUUUUGUACCUGCUGCCAAACAGAUGUUUCCCUGAUUCUGUUGCCACAUAAAUAUUUUUUUUAGGUCAUCAUUUUUGAUUUACAACAUUACCUGAAUUUAAGAUUAAAUGGCUCAGUAUAGGUGUUAAUAUUACAGCUUUAUUUAUGUAUUUUUUUUUUUUUUUUUUUUACUAACCUUAUAUUUGUCCAAAUUGUAAGGCAUUAAAAUCAGGUUGUGGUGCAGUGUGGAGGGCAUUAAUCAUUUGGUAUUUUUGGUACAUGUAGAGGCGUCUUUGAGGUUGAAUUUCAAUGGAAAGGAUAUGACUACAUUAUGCAGAAGGAAAAUGUAAUCUAUGCGGCGUUAAAACAAACCACAAAAAUCUAUUCUCCUCUCAGACAAACUCUGGCUUCUGCAGAGCAACAUAUAAUAAAAUUAAAUUUACAAAUAUCAUUAUUAUUAUUAGCAGCCUUUUAUUGUUAUUUAUUUUUUAAAUGACGUUUAUUUAAUAAUUAUUAUUAUGGUAUUAUUGUAUUUCACAUAGUCAUGGCAGGAUGUCCCAGUUGGUAGCUAUAGACCGUUCUCUCUGUCUGUCGGCCUAUCGGCUCCAGGCAGCAGCGAGCUGAUACUUUAAUCGGUUCAGGCUUCAUAUCUUCACCAACACACACAACGGAGUCUAAUCGAGCCGGGACAUGUGGCGCUUUGAUUUCCUGCCCUUCAUUCACUGAUAGGCUGCUCUGCCUUUAGCCCAAAAGUCCUUCUGAUAGUGAACAACAGAGCGACCUGUAGCUGUUAGAGCCUGUUAGAGCCUAUAUAACAUCAUGUCCUCCAGAUGUUACCAAUCUGGGUCUCCAAUGUUGUGUUUUAGUGGAAGAAAAUCUUUAGUUAUGGAAGAUUUGACUUGAUGUAUUGAUAAGUACAUGUGGGUUUAGAAGAUGUUGAAUUCAUACAGUGAGUCAAAUGCAGCUCUGUGAUCGAAAAACAAAAAAAUCUAAAUUGUGACACCCCAAACUGUUCAAUCUUAAAAGAAAAAAUUAACUUAAACGCAAAAAUAAGACAAUGCUGAUCCGUAACAUCAAAUAUUAAUGACUUCAUUCAUUUGAUGGUUCAUGUGAUAAUCAAAGUUCCCCUUAUGCUGCUUCACUGUAACAGUUUUGGGAUUCCCUUAUUGCACCUGCCAUCAGCAUGAAAGGCUCCAGGAGGACGCACGACUCCGUCCUAUUGUUCGGUGCGUAAUGACGCUUAACGUUGCGCUCCAAACAGAAAGCAAAUUGUCUGUUUUGGGGCUUUUCUUCCUUUGGAGCAUAAUGCCCAGGGUAAUGUGAAACUGUCACCGCAGGCGUGAGGACGGAGACUGUCUGUCACAUAAUAACAGCCUAUAUAUAUACGGCCCAACGGGACCACCAGACCUGGACGAAGCUCCACUAAAACUUGUUCAUGUGUGCUAGCCCCGAGAUUUAAACAAUUAAUGAGCAUUUAAUGUGAGGAUUUAUACUGAAUUAUGAACAAUUAGUGCAUGUGCUACUAUUCUCUUAUUACAUUGUGCUUCAAGAAAAAAAAUCCACUUAUUUUUACUUAUUUAUAUGUGUAUGUAUAUGUAUAUAUAUAUAUAUAUGGAUAUAUAUGUUCUUUCUUCCUUUUCUAUUAUUAUUUUUUUUACUUUCUCCUUUUUUUUAAUUUAAUUGUAUUCACUUGUAUUCAUCACAAUUGUGACUACUGUUAUUUUGUUAUCAUAUAUGCUAAGUUUAAAAAAAAAAAAAAUUAAAAAAAAUCCACCAAACACACUUCUGACAAACCUAUAACCCAAGCUCUAAUAAUAUUCUAAGUGAUUAUGAUCUAUAUUAAGCAUAAGAGGACACUGUCGGUUCAGAGUUCCCCCUCUUUUAUUUCCUCCUGCUACAGACACCCUGGGGUGCCUCCUCGCUUCCUCUCCCUCCUGUUAGAUUGAGUAAGAAGCUGAUAAGGCCUCUAUCACUUCUCCUGAUUGCAACGAGCUCCUCCAGGAGACGCGAGCUGCAGGCUGAUCUUCAGCACCCAACGCUGCAAAAAAGUCACCAUUAAAAAGUCACUUAUUGUCUAAUAAAAUCAACUGAUUAAUUCCACACGGGGUGUUUCCUGAAACAAAAGUCAAAACCGCUCCGUCAUGUGUUGUCUAGUAGUGACGUCUAUGAGAUGAUUUACAUUGAAGUGAAAAGACGUCGCCCCCGCGGCAGACUAUUUUCCUAAUAGCUGUGAUGACCGUACUAUACGCGCUGACUAAAAACACAACAGGCGGAUAUAUUUUUUGCAGCGCAUCGGGCUGGAGGCGUCUCUGCAGUGACACCUGUCCGCGCGACACCUGGCAGACGGGACGGCACGGGACGGUGUGCGCAUGCUCCGUCCUCAGGUUGGAGUCUCUUAAAGCACUUGGACCAGCAGCUCCACAACCAGAGUAGACCUGUGUGCAGGGUUCAGAGCGACGUCCUCUCCUCUCCACAGCAGCUGGAUUACUUGUCACUGGUUUGUCUGCUCUCAGGUCAGAGAUGCCUCGCUCCUUCAUGGUGAAGAGUAAGAAGGCGCACAGCUACCACCAGCCCAGGAGCCUGGAGGAUGACUACAGCAGGCUGGACACCAUACUGGCGCACAUAUGCUCAGAAGCAGAUAAGCUCCAGGAUGACACCGACGUGUCGGUGGACCGGUACGGCCUCUCUCCGGACCCCCAGCGGGCCGACGCCGCUGAUUUCUCCCCGAAGUCUCCUCUGAGCUGCUCCGACAGUCUGUGCGGUCGCUCUCCGGACUAUGAGGACUACUGGAGGCCUCCGUCUCCAUCUGCAUCACCGGUUGAUUCAGAGAAAUCCCUGUCUCCUCUGGUGGAUGAGACUCAGCCCUUCUCCAUCCCCUUCCGGCCGUACGCCUGGAGCAGCAGCUACCCGGGUCCUGGGCUGAGGCCCCCGGUGCAGCAGAGCCUCCAUCCCGGCUUGGAGCCAGGGGACAGGGGCCCGGCGGCUUUGUCCUUCUACGGGGACAACCGGAGCACCCAUCCGGCCCUUUACGCGGAGGAGACGUACGGAGACUACCGGAGGCACGCUGCUGCUGCUGCUGCUGCGAUGCUGUUUCCUGACGGAGGCCUGCACGGGAAAGCCCACAAUGUGAAGGCCCAGACCCAGUCAAACCUGCUCCAGUGCUCCAGUCUCAUCCUCAACGGGGCUUUCAAGUGCAUCAAGUGCAGCAAGGUGUUUUCCACUCCACACGGUUUGGAGGUCCACGUCCGCAGAUCGCACAGCGGCACCAGACCGUUUGGUUGUGACAUCUGCGGCAAAACCUUCGGACACGCAGUGAGCCUCGAGCAACACAAAGCCGUGCACUCUCAGGAAAGAAGUUUCGACUGCAAAAUAUGCGGUAAAAGUUUCAAGAGGUCGUCCACGCUGUCGACUCACCUGCUCAUCCACUCCGACACGCGGCCGUACCCGUGCCAGUACUGCGGGAAGAGGUUCCACCAGAAAUCCGACAUGAAGAAGCACACUUUCAUCCACACAGGUGAGAAGCCACACAAAUGCCAGGUGUGUGGGAAAGCGUUCAGCCAGAGCUCCAACCUCAUCACACACAGCAGGAAACACACAGGCUACAAACCUUUUGGCUGCGACCUCUGCGGCAAAGGUUUCCAGAGGAAAGUGGAUCUGAGGAGACACAAAGAGACGCAGCACGGACUGAAAUGAUGCGAUCGCUGCAACACAUUAUAUCCAACAAUAUAAUCUGACUUUAAAUCAUUCUUCUUGAAAACGAGUGAGGACAUCUGACAAAAGACAUUUUUGUUUUUCCCAAUCGCUGCAGCUUGAGGACAUUUCUUGGAUCAAGAUUCACUUUGAUUCCAAUUCUAGCUGUUUUCAUGUGAAAGUGCAUUGGAAAUAUAUAUAUAAUUAUCUCAGAUUAUUUAUUUAUUUUAAUAAAGAAAACGUAUAAGACUUGAACAAAACGACUUCUUCUGACGCACAUCAUCAACACUAAUUGUUCCAUUAUUUUUCCAUCCCACUGCAGAUUGUUAUAAUAAAGGUCCAGAAAACCAGAGAUAAGCUAUGAACUGUGAGAGAAAUGCAGAUAUGAUGAAGCAUGAUCGAAUAAAUGUAUCAUGUUUUUGUAUGAAUCAGCUUCAGUAUUAGUGGGGCAUUGAACCCAAAAUAUUUGUACUCCCACUUAAAGAACCGGAUCGACGAUAACAGAGAUGGAAAUCUGCGCUCCUCCAAAGAGCCGAGGCUUUGUGUGUUGUCAUUGUGGAGACAUGCUGGCAAAACAGACUGUGUGAUUUAAUAAACAGGAGGGUUGCUGCCUUAUACUCACGAAGCUGUCAUCUCCAAGGUUUCCAUUUUGCACAUUUUAUGGUCAGAAUGAACUUUUAUUGUCGUUUACGAAUAAAAAUAUUUUUUUCCAGACUUUAUUUUCUGUUUCUUUGUUUUGUUUUUUUUUAAUUUAAAAAGCUAUAAAAUCUAAAAAUGAAACCUUUUCUCCAAAUGAGAGAUAUGGGUAAAUCUCCAGAUUGAAUACAAUUAUUUAAAACCGGUCAUUUAA